AAGAUAUUGAUAUCAUUUUAUAAUAGUAGGAAAUUGGAUAAUGAUAAUAUUCAUUAUACGAAAUCCGAGUUCAAAGUACUUUUCAGGUGUUCAAAGCAAUCAAAUUUAAUUUCGAUAAAGUUUCAAUAUAAAACUGUGGAUGCUAAUAUAAAAAGGACAUUUCAAAGGCUUCAAACGACGGACAGUCUAAUUUAAAUUAUUCAGUGUGUUGUAGCAGCAGUUAAAAAAAUUAAAAUGCAAUUUCACUUGAGUUUAUCGUUAGUUUCUUGCAUUCUUUGUGUGAAUUAUGUCGUUGGGUUUUCAUAUGAUAUUAUAGAUGGUCAAUGUAAUAAUACAGAAAGUUUGAACGAGCUUUUCCAUAAAAAAGUCAAAAAGAGUGGAAUCAUCUUUUGGACAGCAUAUUCCAAGGUUGAAUAUUAUGGAGAUACAGUAAUAACUUGCAUAAAAGUGGUGAACACUUGGCGGGAUGGAACUGGUGGCAGUGCAAGAAUCGUUGAAGGUGGCGUAGGACAUUAUUUCGCAAUAAUUGAAAUGCAUUCACAGUUCUGUCGAGGACUUUCUUUUGAUAUCCGUAUAUAUGCACAAAAUUUCAAAAAAUUCAUCCGUUGAAUAGCUCAAAGACCAUUGUGUUGUUUCGAAUUAAUUCUUAAUUGACGAUCUCCCGUAGGAAAAAUGUGAUAAGACUAUUUAAUUGAAUUUUUCAAUAUAUUUUCAUAUUGAA